UUUAACUCGAGGAAAUCAAAGAACAGCAGCGGUAUAGUUUGAGCGAUCGCCCAAGCCCUCCUCGCUGCGCCGCCGCAAUCGCUGUUAUCCGAUCCGACGAGGGAGGAACCGACGAGGAGAGCAGGAGAGAAGACGAAGGGAGCGAUUGAGCGAUGGCUUCCGCGCUGCGAUUCGCUGUCCUGCGUCACCUCCGUGUCCCGAUCCAAACCCUUGACCGCUCGAGGACCCUCUCCUGCCUCAACACCUCCAUUCGGCCCAUGUCGUCCCACGGCGACGACCAUCUCACCCGGGAGGAGGUCGUCGAACGAGUCGUCGACGUUCUCAAGAGCUACCCUAAGGUCGAUCCGGGCAAGGUGACGCCGGGCGCUCAUUUCCAAAAUGAUCUGGGGCUUGAUAGUUUGGACACCGUGGAGAUUGUCAUGGCGCUGGAGGAGGAGUUCAAGCUGGAGAUACCGGACCUGGAGGCCGACAAGAUUGUUUCGUGCCCCCUUGCGAUCGAGUACAUUGCUGCACAUCCCAUGGCACAGUGAUUGCUUCGUUUUCCAACUCUAGGUGUUACCCUUUUCUGUUGCGCUCUUUUACUUGUUUAUUUUGAGUUCCCUUCAAAAGAUGGGAUUUUUAAGCUGAUCAUGAAUAAUUCCACUCUUUCCAAAAACUUGCUUGGAAUUCAUACUUUGAAGCUUUACCUGUUUGACUUGUA